AUGGCCAGCCAGUCAGUCUUUGUCGUUGCUAUAGAUUUUGGCACAUCCUACAGCGGGUACUGUUUUUCUCUUGCUUCAGGUACAGACCAAAUCCGCCAGGUUUACUGGGGAGCAGAGCACGGGUUAAAGACCCCAAAGAUGCCUACAAGCAUCUUGUUCAACCAGAAGCAGGAGUUCAAAUAUUUUGGUUAUGAUGCUGUGAUGAAGUACAAGAGCCUGCCCUCCAGCCAAGCUGACAGCUGGUACUUCUUCCAGAACUUCAAGAUGCAGCUGUACAACACGAAUGUCACAGCUGGCAUGAAGCUGAAAGCCACCAAUGGAAAGUUCCUUCCUGCCUUGACGGUCUUUUCUGAAAGCCUGCGCUUCAUGAAGGACCAUGCCUUGAACACCAUCAAGGAGGCCUCUUUCCAAACUGUCUACGACCAAGAGGACAUCACCUGGGUCAUUACUGUCCCAGCCAUAUGGAGCGCUGCUGCCAAGCAGUUUAUGCGCCUGGCAGCAAAAGAGGCAGGAAUUAUCUCUGACAUGCUCUCUAGAAACCUGAUCAUUGCCUUGGAGCCAGAAGCUGCAUCACUGUGGUGCAAGCAGCUUCCACAUGAAGGGUUUAUGGCAGACAGCAGUGACAAGGAGAAGUUUGAAGACUCUCCUGGGAUCCAGUAUAUUGUUGUUGACUGUGGAGGUGGCACCAUAGACAUCACAGUACACGAGAUCCAAGAAAACCAUUACCUAAAGGAGCUACAUAAGGCAAGUGGAGGUGGAUGGGGAGGCAACAGAGUGGAUGAAAACUUCACCAAUUUCCUCAAGGAAAUAUUCAGUGAUGGCAUAUGGGAUGAAUAUGUGAAGAAGCACCCUACUGAAUUACAAAGUAUGAUGUACAACUUCAGCUUACAGAAAUGCUCUGCUAGCAGGGAGGCGGUCUACAUACGCUGCUACUACAACCUGACCAGAGUGGCAGAGUCCAAGAAGAACAUCUCCCAGUUCUUUGAAAAUACAGCAGGAGCUGUGUGGUGUGAUGGGACAAUAAUGAUUACCUAUGAGAAAAUGAAGAGCUUGUUUGACUACAGUAUCAACAAUAUAAUUUUUGCUUUGAGGGAAAUUCUUUGCAAACCUGGGAUGGACAAAGUCCAGUACAUUUUACUUGUGGGAGGCUUUGCAUGCAGCAUCAUCCUGCGAGAUGCAGUCAGGCAGGCCUUUAGCAGCAAGUAUCAUAUCCUUUGUCCCAUGGAGGCCCAGGCAGCCAUUGCAAAAGGAGCUGUUUUAUUUGGAGUUAAUCCACACAUCAUUACCUCAAGAAUCAGCUGUAGGACAUAUGGCUUAAGAGUAGCUGAGGAAUUUGAUGGUGCUAUCCAUGAUGCCCGUAAACGGAGGGUCUCAAAAGCCGGUGACUUUAUUUAUUGCAUAGAUCUCUUCCAGAAACUGGUGGAAAUUGGGGAGUCAGUGAAUAUACACGAAGCUGCCCACUAUGAUUUCUUUCCAAUAGAACCAGAUCAAACAAAGGUAACCUUUGCUUUCUAUUGUACAAAAAACCAGAAUGCUCAGUAUGUGGAUGAGGAAGGGAUGGAACUGCUUGGCUCCUGUGUAGUGCCAUCACCAGCCACAUGGCUGGGGUUAAAGCGCAGGCUGAAAAUUGAGAUUCAGUUUGGGCUCACUGAAUUUAAAGCCACAUGUACUGAUGUUACUUCCCAAGAAAGUCGGACAGUUAUAAUGGAUUUUUUAUCUUAUAAUUACUCAUCAUGUUGA